UAUGUAUUAGAAUAAAAAAAAUGUUUUUUUUAUUAUAGUGGUGAGGGAUCAUAUGACUAAGAAGGUAAUUAGAAAAAGAUUGGUAAAUGGGUAGAAUUAAUUGAAGGAUUUAAUAUUUAUAAAUAAGUCACCUAUACUGGAGAAUAUAAUGAGAAAGGGAUAAAAAUAGGUAUAUGGGUGCAAAUGCAUGAAGGGCAUGAAGAAAGGUGGAUAAUGGAAAUGUGAUUUGGAAAAAUAUAAAAUAAUAUAAUAUUAGCAUAAAUUAAUAAUUUAUUGUUAUAAGAUAAAGAUUUCUUUAAUUAUAAUUAAAUAUAGGAGGUUAUUUAGUACUUACUGA